GAUCUAGCGUCAGUGCCGAUCGAUUAAGGCUGCCUGGCUCUUUGCGUGCUCCGCGCGCAGCGGGCUCUUCGCGCCUGCGUAGUGCGCCCCCCUCCCUUUCUGCCUCCUCUGCCGCCAUGGCGCCCGUGAAAAAGCUUGUGGCGAAGGGGGGCAAAAAAAAGAAGCAGGUUUUGAAGUUUACCCUUGAUUGCACCCACCCUGUAGAAGAUGGGAUCAUGGACGCUGCUAAUUUCGAGCAGUUCCUCCAGGAGAGAAUCAAGGUGAACGGCAAAGCUGGGAAUCUCGGCGGAGGGGUUGUGACCAUUGAACGGAGCAAGAGCAAGAUCACUGUCACUUCCGAGGUGCCUUUCUCCAAAAGGUAUUUGAAAUAUCUCACCAAAAAAUAUUUGAAGAAGAACAAUCUCCGAGACUGGUUGCGUGUUGUCGCCAACAGCAAAGAGAGCUAUGAGCUGCGUUACUUCCAGAUUAACCAGGAUGAAGAGGAGGAGGAGGAUGAGGAUUAAGACGCAUUGGUCUGGAAUGUUUUGUAUUAAUUCAUAAAUAAAAUUUAGGAACAAAA